GAAAGCAAAAGCAAGAGAAAGCUGGUGUGAGGGCAGCAGCCCCGCAGGAGCUCUGACUGGGACCCAGGGCUGGGCCUUCGACACACAACUGCCAGGACCCCUCAACGUCCAGCUGGGUCAGGGAGCUCAGCCAGGGACAACCCAAAGGCUUCUUGGUAAGCCCGGCAGAAGCCGAGGGACCCAACCCAUGGAGAUAUGCUGGAAGAUACAGGCAGCCAAUGGCUCCAUUGAUGGCUUGGAUUUCAACCCCAUGAAGGAUUACAUGAUCCUGAGCAGUUCCCAAAAGAUAGCUAUCGUGGUGCUGUGCACCCCUCUGGGCCUACUAAGCGCCCUGGAGAAUCUGGUGGUGCUCUACCUGAUUCUGUCCUCACACCGGCUCCGCAGGAAGCCCUCGUACCUGUUCAUUGGCAGCUUGGCUGGGGCUGACUUUCUGGCCAGUGUGGUCUUUGCCUUCAACUUUGUAAAUUUCCACGUCUUCCAUGGCGUUGAUUCCAAAGCUGUCUUCCUGCUGAAGAUUGGCAGCGUGACUAUGACCUUCACGGCCUCUGUAGGCAGCCUGCUGCUGACGGCCAUUGACCGCUACCUCUGUCUGCGCUACCCACCUACAUACAAAGCCCUACUCACCCGUGGGAGGGCACUGGUGACCCUGGGCAUCAUGUGGGUCCUCUCAGCAUUGGUUUCCUCUCUGCCUCUCAUGGGAUGGACUUGCUGUCCCAAGCCCUGCUCUGAGCUUUUCCCCCUGAUCCCCAAUGACUAUCUGCUGGGCUGGCUCCUGUUCAUUGCUGUCCUCUUCUCUGGCAUCAUCUAUACCUAUGCACAUGUCCUCUGGAAGGCCCAUCAGCAUGUAGCCAGCUUGGCUGAGCACCGGGACAGGCAAGUGCUCGGAAUGGCCCGGAUGAGGCUGGAUGUGCGGUUGGCCAAGACCUUGGGGGUGCUGCUGGCUGUGCUCUUCACGUGCUGGGUCCCGGUACUGACCCUCAUGGUCUACAGCCUGGCCACCACUCCAAGCAAACAGGUCAAGAAGGUCUUCGCCUUCUGCUCCUUGCUCUGCCUUGUCAACUCCAUGGUCAACCCCAUCAUCUACGCCCUGCGGAGUGGGGAGAUCCGCUCCUCCGCGCACCACCGCCUGGCCCACUGGAAGAAGUGCCUGAGGGGCCUCGGGCCUGAAGGAAAAGAAGAGGUCCCGAGGUCCUCAGUCACUGAGACAGAGGCUGAUGUGAAAAUCACCCUGGGGCCAGAUUCCAGAGAGCUGUACUGCUCUGAUCACUAAUGAGGCCACUUUCACAAUUUUAAAUAAGCCAAGUCAGAAAUCAUUUCAAUCCCUGGAGGAGAGUGUCUUUGAUCCUCUCACCUUACUUGAACCAGCCCCAGAGGCCUGGACACUUACCCCUUUUCACUGAGUGUUGGCACUGACCCCUGGUGGGUAACCUGGCCACGCCUGUCUGCACACAGUCUGUUGGGUAGCCAGGCCCUGUGAGGGGCGGCAAGGUGGGCAGGAGGCAGGAGGCCUGGGACAGGCUCAUUGCAGGUCAGGACAACCUUCCCAACAAGACGGCUUAGUGCCUGCAUUCUCUAGAGACCACGGGAGCCAAGCGGAGCCUUCAGGCUCAGCAGUAAAGGACCUGGAGGAAAUCUGGGAAGAAUGGAUCACUCUCCUGGGAUCUCAGCAUGGCUGGCUAGCCCUUCUUCCUGUUUAAUUGUUGGGUCCACCUUGGUUCUAGAGCUAUGAAAGGCCCUACCUGCAGGUCACCCUUUCCCACAGAGGACCAAGAACUGCAAUGCAAUGAGGACCAAGGAUGUUGAUCCACCUCUUGCAGAGAUAACUGACAAGCCUCCAGUUCAGGGCAUCUUAUUAUUAUGGCACCGGCCCUCUCUGACACCCUGAUAAUCCCCACUCACAACCAUUGUGUCCUCCUAGGUAUGUGGGGAAUACAGAGGAGACUGGGAUCGCUUGAGAUGCAGAUUGGUUUUGUGAAGACCUAUUUGAUGGUACCACUGGAAGCAGGCAGUGUCCCAGUCUAACCCAACUCCAAAAAAAAAGGAAGAUAUUCACAGAGAUUUUAUAAAUCCCCAAAUUGUUCCCGGUCAUCCCUCAAUUCAGCCCCUUUGUCUCCUCCACCCCCAUGCCCUAUACUGAAUAAUAAACAGAGCAAGUGGGAGGAGGGGGAAAUUCCCUUACUAUGUGCCAGGUAUGGUGCUGACAUCCCACAGUCCAUCAUCUCCAGCAAGGAUUCAGCCCCAUACUUUUGAAGAUCCCAGGACACCCAUAUCUUACAUAUCAGGGAGGCUAGGUUCCUACCAAAGGGGCUUAAAGCAGUAGGCAAGAGAAACUGUUGAUGGUGAGGAGGACUGCAGACGAAUCCUAAUGCAAUUAUUUGGAACUACAGAUGGAAUAAAAGGAAAGAUAUUGAUUAAACGUGUCUUCAUUUAAUACUU